AUGGGAAAAUCCUGGGGUAUUAAACUAAAUAGUGCCCUAUGGAUAUACAAAGCGGUACUUGUACCGAGGUUAACAUAUGCUGCUGUUGUUUGGUGGCCCAGAGUGGAAAAGAUGGAGUCAAAGAACCUACUAAAAAGCCUACAAGGUAAUUACUUGAAGGCUGCGGUAGGGACUAUGAGAACGACACCAACAGAAGCGCUGAAAGUGGCGCUCUGCAUUCCACCUCUAAGAUUGACUGUCAUCAGCGCUGCCAAACUCACAGCAUAUAGACUAAGGUGUCAGGGGGAGUGGAGAGAUUUCGGAGUAGGUCAUACCAGGCUCGAGUUUCUUUACAAACCUCUCUUUACCUUAAAACAAGACAGAAUAUUCAGAAUACGCCAAGUGGACAAGGCGUUCUCCAUAAACUUGACCAUCAGAGUGGGCUGGAAAAACAAAAAUCUUCAGAUCCAGCCGGGCACUCAUGCAUGGUUUACUGAUGGAUCUGGAGCAAACGGCUGCUAUGGAGCAGGCAUCUACUGUCCAGGAUCAAAUCACAGAGAGUUUUUCUCUCUGGGCAAAUUGGCCACGGUCUUUCAAGCGGAAGUCCUGGCCAUUCUGGAAUGUGCAAGACUCCUACUCUCAAGAGAGACAAAAACUAGGAGGAUCAAUAUCUAUACGGAUAGCAAAGCAGCCAUAGGAGCUCUUGCCAAGACCACCACUGAAUCUUCAGUGGUUUGGGACUGUAUGCAAGCUCUAAACAGAUUGGGCGAGCGAAACAACAUCACGCUUGUCUGGGUACCUGGCCACCAAGAUAUCCAAGGCAAUGAAGUGGCUGAUAGUCUGGCAAAACUGGGUACUUUAGAGAAACCAGUCUGCCAGAUAGUUGGAGUUCCCUUUGCAACAGGAAAAAAUUAUAUCAAGGACUGGUUGAAAAGGGAGCGCAGGAUUUCUUAG